AUGGUGUGUUUUAGCUGUAGUAAAACGAAAGCAAUGUCUAAUUUGUCCGAAGAUCAUCCUGUGCUGGUUACUAUUGAGAAUAACGAAGAAGCUAUUAAGCCUCCUAAUAUCCUCUUUCAAGCUCAAUUCGAUUAUGUUAUUCAAUGCAAUUUCAAAAGAUUUGCAAUUGAUGUAACUACAAACAAUGCAUUGAAAGCUCAAACGGCGAAUUUGAAUUCUUACUACCUUUCACCAGUUCAAAAUAAUUACAUUGGUUUUCAAAGAUAUAAGAAUGAAAGCCUUGUUCCUGGUGCUAGAAAUAUUCUUGGUACUCCUCCUCCAGAAGUGGAUGAUGCUUAUUAUAUUCAAACGACAUUCCAAACCGGCAAUGCGCCCAUAGAUAAUUUACCUUACUAUAUGUAUUUGAAUAUAAGGUUACUAACUCACGAAGUACCGAUUCUCAAACAACAAAGAAACAGAAUGUUUUUAGGAGUAGUUAGCGACGUCGGUGGUGCUUAUACUUUUUUUGUGGGUGUGCUUCUUCUUCUCCUUGGUCAGAGACCAAUCAAUCCAUGGGGUACGUUUACGUGUCAAAAAAUAUGUCCGUGUGUUAAAAACAAAGUUCAAAGCAAGCUUGUCGAGAAAUAUGAUAAAAUUUUUCGUGAGAAAAACGGAAGAGACGCAAAUCCAAGUGUCGAGCUUACUAUGGUUGAACUUGACAAUCGUUUGAAACAAAUGGAGAAAUUUUUAAGCAAGUAUGUUAUCAAUGUUGAUUACCUUGGCGAUGCGCGUAAAAAUCACACAUCUGAUCCUCAGAGAAAUGCACCAUCUCAAUAA